AUGAAAAAUGGUGUCGACAUUAAUUUAUAUUCAAAUCUCAUUGCAUUUUUAAAGAGACGCUUUGAUGGUUUUAUAAAGAAAAAAUCUAAGGUACUGUCAUCAAAUGACUUCGAAAAGUUUCUAAGAGAUGCUCCAGAUAGCCAGUACCUGGCUACAAAGGUUGCGUUAAUAUUUGGUAUUAAUGGUGCAUGUAGACAGAAAGAGCUGCACAAUAUUACCACAAAUGACAUUGAAAAUCAAGGCAAAAUGCUUUUAGUUAAAAUCCCAAACACUAAAAACAAAAUACCCCGAUCUUUUAUUAUCGACGGCCCAUUACUUGCUGAUUCGGGAGCUGAUAUAUUGACUUUAAAGCGGCAUGGCGGGUGGCGUUCUAGCACAGUAGCAGAAUCUUAUGUAGAAGAUUCCAUCCAAAACAAAGCAAAUAUAAAUGCAUCUAACCAAUCACCAGAUGCAAGAAAAGCAUGUGUGGAUCUAUUGAAGUCACAAGCGUUAAGUGUUUUUAUAACAGGAUUAAAUAAAGAUUUGAAUUUAGUAUUAAAAGCUCUCCAGCCUAAAACCUUAGAGGACGCGAUUUUAUUGGCUGUGGUUGAAGAACAACAGUUAAAAAGCAAAAACGAAAUUUCCAAAUUUCAAAUUUUAAAUAUAUCAAACACCAAACACUGCUAUAAAUGUAACAAACCUGGUCACACAGUUAUCAAUUGCAAAGUUCGAUCAUUUACAGGGCCUAAUAAAAUUUUUAAGUAUUGUAAUUAUUGUAAAAAUGAAAAAUGAUAAAAGGAACCUGAAGAUGAUUUUAAAAUAAUUCAACGACACCCCACUUGACAUAGUUCAUCGAUUUUUAUUUUUUUGAUUUAGACAAUAUGGCAUCUGGUUGUCGCUGUGGUGAAUUUUGAUUACUGUCAUGUCAUUAGUAACACUCGUAAGAUUACAACGAAUCGAUUGACGUAAGAAUUAUCAAAAUCGGCCUACACAUUUGGUCUCUAGAGCGCCACAUAGAAACAAACAUACAUACAUACAUAAACUGAUAAACACAUUACCCUCCUUUGCGUCGCGCAGUCGGGUAAAAAGAUAAAACGUUUUCAAAAAACAAUUUGAACUCAUCAGACUCUAAUUGAAAAACUAAUUAAACCCAAAGGCGUGAGUCAACCAGAGGGUAAAACCUCUAUUAAAGGACUCAUUACUGCGAUAAGUAAUUGUUACUUAGUUUCAUUGAAAUUCAAGGAUAACAAAAAUGAUAUUAAUUUCUUAAUAGACACCGGUGCAAAUAUUAGCCUCAUAAAAGAAAAAUAUGUACCUAAGGAAGCCGAAAUGCAUUAUGGUAUUUUGGCCGAUUUAAAGGGAAUUGAUAAAGUAGACAAACCGAGGAGGACUUUAGGUUAUGUCGAAUUGGAGUUUUUAGGUAAUUUAAAGAUUACACUCCACAAUGUUGAUAAUGAUUUCCCUAUUGAUUGUAAUGGUAUUAUUGGAGGUGAUACACUAAGAAAAUUUGAUGAGAUAAUUAAUUAUAGCACCAAGUCAUUACAAUUAGCUAAAAAUAAUUUUGAUUUAUAUUUUGGAAAAUGUCGAAUGGAGUCAAACGAUGAAAUGUUAACUAUUAAAGCGCGAAGCGAAAGUGUUAUCACGAUACUAGUAAAUAAUCACACACCGUUGAGUCAGGGCAUUGUUCCACGCAUUGAGUUAAUGACAGGAGUACUUUUAUGUCCUAGUCUUAUCACUGUUAAUGAUGUUACUUUUCCUGUGCCACGUGUGAAUUUAGAGGAAAUUAAUUUGACUAUUUCUAAUGAGGAAAUAUUUUAUUUUAAAGAUAAUAAUAAAGGAAAAUACUUAUUUCCUAGAUUACGAAAUUAUAGUUAAUCUAAAUUACAAAAGUAUUCGCCUUGAAAAGUUAGAAAAAUCAUUAAGGAUUAAACAUUUAAAUAAAGAAGAAAAAGAAUCUUUGCUUGAAUUAUAUAAAAAAAAUAUAAUCAUACAUUUUAUUUGGAUGGCGAUAAAUUAAUUUCUACAGAUGUAGUUAUGCACGAAAUAUAUACAAAGACGGAAGCACCCAUAAACACUAAAAGUUAUAGAUAUCCAGAAGCAUUAAAAGAGGAAGUUGAUAAACAAAUAAAUAAAAUGUUAAAAGAUGAUGUCAUAAAACCGUCAAGUAGUCCUUGGAACUCAC